AUGUCAUUUUUGGCUCAGGAUGAUAUAAACAUUGGUGCUGAAGGUGCUGAAGCGCCGAAAUCCCCUUCAUGUUCCUUUGGCUGGCAGCACUCGGAUCCCCCAAGACCCUCGUCUGCUUCCAUUCAAUUCACUCCGGCUGUCAACAGCCGUUCAUCUCUAAAAUGCGUCUGGUGCGGUGAAUUAUUUCAGUCAUCCGAUGAGCCCACCACUUUGCCUGCUGAGGUGCUUAGAGAGCAUAUGGCUAUCGCCCAUCCUGAAGUUGCCAAACUUUCUCUGGUUGAGCAAGAUGCAACAGAUGAGACGCCUCCCACUGAAUCUGUCCUAGAUGAGGCUGAGCAAACCAACCGUCUCGAAGCAUUUGCCCGCCAACGUGAGGCGGCAAUUGUUGAAAGGCGCCUUGAUUUGCUUUGGAAUAUCAAUGCUGUAGAAAAGUUCACUGACGACUAUAACGGAGAGGACGAGGGUCUUCCAUCAUUUUGGAAAACUGCAUUUGGCGAUUUUGAACGCCCAAAGCCAUAUGAGAAAGAGACUGUAGCGAAGGGGAAGUUUCUACCAAUCACGAAAGCGGAGAUUUACAUCGACAUUUUGAAGGAACCAGAGUCACACACCACGGAAGAGCUUUACGCGAUAACCGCGAAUACGGCCCGAGCUCUCAGGGUGUGGCAGGAUGAAUACGUAGCCAUUGACAAACUAUCGAAACGUGCCACACGACGUUCAUUGAAAAAGGUUGCGAAUCCACGAAAGCUAGAUGAACCACUUGUUUUUGAAGAUAAAAAGGAAGCAAUGCUAUAUGGAUACAAACACGACCCCCGGGAAUCAAAAAUAGGAUACCAGGACCCAUUUCUUCAGGGAGGCUUCAAACCAACGCCAGCACAACUGAAAAGACUGAAACUCAACGCUGCAGAGUCUCCUAAUAUCGAUGGUUGGACACCAAUUAAAAUCAAUGGUGUCGAGUAUAUUCCCGGAAUCCGCCCGCCAUCCAAACCCGCUCCCAAGAAAAAACCCGUAGAAGUGGAUACAGCAGAUACCAGCGGUAUUACGAAUGGUGUUGAUCGUGAAGUAGAUGGCCGUCCAAAGCGCAUAACUCGGUUUGGUGGCUUCCGGCAUCCUUUAACUCGAGAAACCUCCCAGGUUCAAACUGAACCGUCAAGCCCUGUCUCUGGGCCUACAUCUGCGAAAGUUAAACGAUCGAAGUCACGCGCGACUUCAACAACGCCUCAACCGCCUUCACAACCCAUUUCUCUGAAACCCUCUACGCCUGCCACCCGCCCGAUUCCACCAGUGAGAUCAUUAACAGUGAAGUUAGCAACGUCUGGGGCCCCAGCUAUAACUACUCGGCCUGUAACACCCACCGCCACUGUCCCUACAAAAUCAUCAGUUACUGGGGAACGUGCUCCUACACCCCUUUACGAAGAUCCACUCCUAGACCCCAAGAAUCAACUUAAGAUCCAACAGUCCAAGAAUCCAAAGCGAACAGAGGCAAUGAUAAUCCACUGGGCAAAAUUUAACCAUGAAGGCCGGACAAGAAACCCAAAGCGAACCAAAGCGCAAAUGGAGGCAGAUAAAGCCGAGGCAGAAAAGCAAGGGGGUGUCAAAGCUGGCCCUGGACGCAAGAGGAGGUCUAUCUCGAAGAGUCGCGGAGCCGAUAAUCAAGAUAUUUCAGCUAAGAAGGCCAAACGCAUUGCGAAAGGCACCCGAAUACCCGUCACGCACGAAAAGAUUGAGCCACCAGAGCCUUACCACAUUGUUCCACCACAACCUGAACUUCGGCGGCCUGAACAUUUGAUAAAUCCAUUAAGUGCCCCUACGCAUCCGCAAGCCCGUUAUAGCCCCUACGGUGGACAGGUGUAUCAAAUAAACUACCACCAGGGCAAUCAUCAAUAG